AUGACGUCUGAAACGGCUGAGUGCUCGACCCCAACCGCCAACUCUAUGGAGUCAGGUUUCCAGACACUUCAAUCUCCCGCCAAGAUGUCUGCCCAGCCGUCGGAGGCCGGUGACGCCGAUGCCAAGUCGAAGUCACAGCCUGGCCAGGUGCGCUUUUCCUCCGUCACGCAGGAGAUCGAACCUUCCCAGGCCAUGCUGUCGCCUGUCUCAGAGGCUCCCCAGCAACCAGACCAGCCCAAACAGGCCCCUGAUGAAGCGGAAUUGCGGUCGCUUGCGAUGAGCUUGCAGAGAUCGCAGCUCCAGGAAUCUCGUCUACGCAACUUUUCGUUCGAGCCAAUGUCUCUUCCACCUUCCAGGUCACGGGUGUGGAGCGUGCAGGAGACCCAUGUUGGGUCUCGAGAAUCGAGUGACCGCAGUGUCCACGGCACUGGUUCGUUCGUGGCUUCCCCUCACGAUUCUCCCCCCGUUUCUGCAGUUCAGUCACCUCCCCUAACCCCGGCCGUCACCACCUCCCGCGAGGGCCGAGCUGGCGAUAGCGUGACCGCCCUUCAUGCCGUUGGCCGAGCCACUGGACACCAUCCCGCAAUCACACCUGAAACCUCCCCUCCGGUCACAUCCGGCGACAAGAAUGGGGUCCCACGAAGCGCCCCAACUUCGCGGCCCUCUUCCACCCAUCAACUGUCCAUGAAACAGAGCGGUUCCUCGGAACCUCCGCCUGAAAUCAAUACCUCCGUCCCGAGACACCGUGCUCAGUUCUUCACCGGGGCCGAUGUGAGCUCCCAGGAAGAAAGCCCUCCAGCAACCCCGAGAGACUCCCACACGCCACCGGGCGCCAUCACUCCCGUCGGCGAACCUAACGAUCCGUAUGCCCGCAGCAAGCGCCCACCACAGUCAAAGAACCUCGCCCAGCUCGACGCACGGUUUAUCUUUGGCAGUCGGGAUUCGAAGCGAUCAUUUCGUCCUGGUAAUCCCCCGCGGUCGACUAGUGCCAGUGAUCUGGGUAAACCCAACGACAAGCGGUCUAGCAAGAAGGAGUUGAAUGAUAAGAUCGGGCAUGGGCAUCACCACCAUGGCUCCAUGUCCGAACUCAAGCGGUUCUUUAAGAUGGGCCACCGUCACAAGCGGCCAGAGUCACCCACGUCGGCUAGCAAACGGUCCAGCCGCAAUUCAGGGAAGAACACCCCUUAUCAGAUGGCACCCGACAAUGUACCAUUUGCCGAUGAUCACGGGUUGAAUUCGAAGUACGGAAAGAUGGGGCGUGUGCUAGGAUCUGGCGCUGGAGGCUCGGUUAGACUUCUCAAGCGAAAUAGCGACGGUGUGACGUUUGCUGUGAAGCAAUUCCGGGAUCGACACAGCUGGGAAAGCUUGAAGGAGUACUCGAAGAAGGUGACGGCUGAAUUCUGUAUCGGCUCGACCUUGCACCACGGCAACAUUAUCGAGACUCUUGAUAUCAUUCAGGAAGGAAGCCAUUGGUACGAGGUUAUGGAGUACGCGCCAUUCGAUCUCUUCGCCAUUGUCAUGACCGGCAAGAUGACCAAGGAAGAGGUUGCCUGUUCAUUCAAACAAAUUCUUAGCGGUGUGGCAUACCUCCAUGGGAUGGGUUUGGCUCACCGGGAUUUGAAGCUGGACAAUGUUGUGGUUAACGAUCGCGGUAUCAUGAAGCUGAUUGACUUUGGAAGCGCGGUUGUCUUCCGCUAUCCAUUUGAGAAUGAUAUCGUGCCUGCUUCAGGCAUCGUUGGUUCCGAUCCGUACCUCGCACCUGAGGUCUAUGACGAGAAGAAAUAUGACCCCCGUCCCACGGAUGUUUGGUCGCUGGCGAUCAUCUUCUGUUGUAUGACCCUGCGCCGCUUCCCGUGGAAGCAGCCGCGCACGACGGACAACUCUUACCGUCUGUUUGUGGCCACCCCGACCCCUGGCACUCCGGUUCCCGAUCUCGAUCCUCGCCGUCACCCCAAAGCCAAGUCUAACCCUGAUCUACCUUCUACGGCCCAUGAGCCCAAGCACCAUGAGGCGUCCGACAAGCCCGCUCCCCUCGUACCUCCCCCGGCAGCCCCAGAACAGAACGGGACCAAGCCGCCCGACUCUCCUACCAAGGACAGCGACAAGUCCGGCGAAGCUGCACAGAAGCAGGUCAGCCAGACCAGCGUUAAUAACAAACCUACGCGCACCACCAGCAAAGAGGCGCCGCCUCUUCCGCCAAAUGCUCCGCCGCCGGCCCAGCGCCAGGAAGUUAUCAAGGGUCCCUGGCGACUUCUCCGCAUCUUGCCGCGGGAAAGUCGGUACAUCAUUGGCCGCAUGUUGAAGGUCAACCCGAAUGAGCGAGCAACCCUGGACGAGGUGCUGGCGGAUGAAUGGGUGCGCAAUAUCAUGACCUGCCGACAGGAAGACUCGGGAGUGGUCAUCAGUGCCUCCAACCAUACUCACGUCCUCGAGCCACCUUCCCAAAGCCCCGCCGUUGCCAGCAAGGGCGCCAAGGCUAAAUAA